AUGCCUUAUUGCUCAGAGACCAUCCGCAGCAUGAUUCCGGGAGAAAUGCCGCCUACUCUCGCGUAUGAAGCCCCCGUCAUAUCCAGAGAUCCAUGGAACAAAGCCAAUAGUGGGCUGGCCGACCACUACGGCAACCCAGGCUUUGCAAACGGGUUUUAUGCUACGCCGAGCAUGAACUACAACGGCAGUUGCUACACCCAUAGCGGCACCACCACUAGAUCGUCUAGUGGUUACAACUCGCGAGCGGACAACUCGUCAUCCGCAUCGUCCAACUAUGCGUCUCGAUCUUCUGUCAUGGUCCCCGCGCUGAACGGCCCUCAAGCCGCCGGCAACCCGCCAUCCUGGGAGAUCCAAGGGCGAUACUCUCCGACUGGCUCGUUCGAGGACAUUGUUGCCUCGCCAAGCGUGUCGGAUUACUCGGUCGAAAAUGCCAUGGUAGUAAGCAGCCCAAACCACAAGGCACGAUCCACGGGCAAGCGAGGGUCUCAGCGCCGACCGUCCAACAGAGACGAGUUUGAUGGCCCUCAUCAGUUCCUCCAACGUCCCCCACAGGACGUGAUUGACAUGCAGGAAAGGGAGUUGCCGCACCUCCCCACCAACCUGCACGUUCAAGAGCAAGACGCUGUGCUGAGCCGCGUCAACGACCGUCUCUCGCAAUGCGCGUUUGAUUUUGUCGCCAAAUAUCAGUUUCCUAUUCCGCUGACGCAGGAUAUGAGACCCGUGGAAAGACCGCAGGACCGUGAAUGGACCGAGUGGGUUUACCUCCUCAAAAGGCUUGCCACCAAGCGCCGCAUUCCCGCCCGCGUGCUUUACAAUGGCCAAAUCAAACAGUUUGUCACCAUUCUCGAGAAUUCACUCGAGAUGCGCCACGCUGCGAAGCACCAGAGCCGUCCCUUGAAAGACGACCGAAACAUUCUUCAGCUCAUCUCGGCCGGAAUCCAGGUGGCCAAAAUCCUAAAGGACGCAUCGGCAAUGGAAUACCUCGACAGAUUAUACGUUGAUACAGAAACUCGGAUCCUGGAACGCACCACGGGGCGAUCUGCGCGAUUCCGAUCCUGA